UUAAGGUCAACACACAUUCACCAGACGAAGAACAUGGUCUGUCCAACGUGUGUGUGUAUGCCGGGUGAUGCUAACUGACUUUACAGUAGUGCCUGUGUUAAAUGUCGUCGCCCCUGCGGACCAGUAGACAGCCACGGUGAUGGAGCUGGUGUGGGAAGAUCCUCCAGUUCCUGACGCUCCGUUCUUUACUAGAGAUCUCUAUGACAAAUAUUCCCUUGCACCUAGUAUCAGAGAACUGUGGGCCUCUCUCCAAAGUCCUGUAAAGAACACCAUCAUAAAACAGGGAUGCGAUGUCGGGGCUGCAAAAGCCUCCAGCUGUCACUCGACAGAAGUUGCUGCAGAGUUUAAAGACAACAGUUUAACCAGCUGUGAUAGUGAUGGUCCAUGUGCUGACAACGCCGCAGGACGUGCAGAAGAAUGCAAGGAUGCCCAAAAAUCAAAAGUGACGCUCAAGCAGGCUGAGAAUGAGGCCAAGGCUCCUUACCCUGAACCCAGACUGCCCUUCCCUUGUAUAUCCUCCUUGUCCGGCCAAGACCAGAACAUAUAUCUUGGCUUUUUGAUGAGUAAGAAAACCAGAGAUCCCCCACAGAGCUUGAAGGCGCAGGUGAACAACGAAGUGACGCAGUUCAUGAGGUACUUGCACGAUGUGGCCAAGAUGUGUGCCGACGACUACAACUUCAUAUCACAGGGAGCGAUGCAAUAUUCAGAGGAUUUCUUCAGGAGCUGUUUGGAGUGCAUUGGGACAAUCCCUCAGCUCUACCAAAUCCAAGAGAUGACUAGUUUGACUGGGGGGACGUUCAACCCAGGCCUGACGCUGACCUUUGAAAAACAGCUACUCAUCAUGGGCAAUGUGGAUAUUACAGACCACAAGGUGGUGCCUGCUGAUGCACAGCUUGCAUCGGAUUAUCGCAGUGUUUCAUCAGAGAAUCCUCCAGCUAAAAAAGCUAAGGACAUGCACGCUACCGUCAGCAGUGACGGUAAUGCAGAGAAGCUGUGUGCCCGUUAUGAGCCUCAUGUGUGUGUGACUCGCGAAGCCCUCGUCAAGCUGCUGGACAACCAUGGCCCUGACUUCGGGGAGCCAUGGGAGCUGCCUGUUUGCAUCAAAUUAAAUUCAGGAAAAGGCAAGGGUCAGAAGAAGACGGUGUACAUAGACUCACCUCUUCUGAAGACUGAAAUGACAGUGAGAGAGAGAAGUCGCUUCUUCCAUGAGGAGAGUUUGAAGCUCUCCGUCACGAAGAAUGGAAGAAAAAAUGUCUUCCAUCUAAUGACGGAGCUUCCUGCGAAUGAGCAGCAGCUCUCUACGGAGAGUUCACAAAGAAAUUUAGUGUCUUUUGAAAACAAUGGUCUUGACUUUGAGGUGGACCUCACCGACCUGGAGACAUUCGGAGAGACGACGGCCACUAAAGCCUCCAAGAUGCCGAAAAUACGGAACGAGCCACAUGCAUGUGCUAAAAGUAAAAAAUCUACGAGUUCCCCGCCCAUAAACAGCAGUGAAAUGUCCAGUGAGAAUCUUGCAAACACUAGUAGCAGUUCACUAGAUGAGAUGAACUCCUCAUCGACCGUAACAGAUGAUCCCAUGACAGAGGAGACGGCUCAGCCGGUCCUGAGUGAGUCCAGUGUGACAAAGACUGAGCAGGUAAGCCAGGAGUCUGCACAGGAAAGUGACCCAGGACCAGCUUUUACAGGAGACUCCGAUGAUGAGGUACUGGUCAUUGACGACUCUGCGUCUCGCGCUGCAACACCUACAACACAACCUUGGCCUCAAACCACGCCGUGCUCUCCCAGUGCCCCCAUCUCUCAGACUGUCCCCGUACAUCCAGACUCAUCUUCCCCUCAGAAGGUUACACGGCAGACGCGACAAUGCAAAAAAUCAAAGGCCGGCGACCAACUGGGAGAGAUCCUACGCAUGCAGUCGGCAAUGUUCAACUCUGCCAACAACACAAGCAAAAGCUCCACCGAACCCCUGAACUCACCCACCCGCUGCACGGGACCCCCAGUUCACUCCAAUCCAACGUCUUUGGUAAAAUCCUGUGUGUCUUCGUAUUUGGAGAGAACGCAGAACCAGGAUGGAGAGACUGGCUCUGUUCCCCUCAAAUCUGCACCAGGGGUUAACUCCGACACCACAGAGCACAAAAAAAUACUGUCACAAGACCUGCAGGCUGGUGCGGAAGAUGAACAAGAUUACGAGGCUCCGGAGGAGGGCAACCUGCUCUACAAGCUCUACAGUCUGCAGGACCUGCUGCUCAUGGUGCGCAGCUCCGUCUCACUGACCCACUCCAGGAAAGUAGGCAGCCAAAACCAGUUUGUGCCAGUGCACGUCCUCCCCAAGCUGGAGUACCAGUUGAGUUACGGUGUUGAGUGUCUAACCAGUAGUGAGGCUUGCCAGCUGUGGACAGAGACAUUGCUCCACUCCAGCACAGUUUCAUACAUAGCCCACAUCAAUGCGCACUCAUCAAAAGUGGCUCUGUCGAGAAAGCUGCCUGACGACUGGAAGCAGAACAUCUCCUGUGGGUUCAAGCCGUCUAACUCGCUAAACAUACUGCACCACCUACUGAAAAAGCUAACUAGGUUAGACGAAGGACAGUACCUGAUAGCGCACAAAGCAGGGGAACCGUUUGUGACCUUAUUAAAAGCAGCUACUGGGAAAGUGAGUCGGGGGCCGUACAACCUGCAGCAGCUCCACAGCUCGGUCCCACAGCCGCCGGCUUCCGGCCUCGUGCCUUGGAUACCUGUGGAUCCAGCUGUGGUCCUUCCUUUCCACCAAGCACACGGCCGUGUUCCCUGCACCUUCCCACCAAAACCCCUCCCAAAGAUGGCGAGAGAGGGAUCAUCGGUGGGCAACAACAACAACAACAACGGUGGAGCUAGGCAGUCGAAGAGGAAAAGAGGCAACAACAAGAACAAACAGACGAAACGCACGGCCAAGCGAAACAAGUAUAUUCAAAAUCUACUUCAGAAGUCAAUUUAAAACCCGGUGUCAUGAUUUCACAUGUCAGUCAUGUUAUUUGAUGUGUAGGUUAUAGGUAAAUCAGAAGGGGGGCUGACAACCACUGACUGUCUUCAGAUUUCAUAAUGAAAUACAUUAUGACUGUAAAUAUAGAUGUGAAAGCCAAAGCACUUUAUAAACAAUAUAGAAUGUACACUUUAUAUUUUAAUGUUGUUCGGAGAUGUUUUGUAUAUUUUGUCAGCAAUAUUAUUUAGUAAAAACAGUGCAACAAUAAACUUUAUCAAAGUUCA